CAGGCUCAAUUUAAUUGAGGGGUCGCAUGGCCUGACAACACUUGGGACACCCUGUGGGGAGUAAAUCUGAGGUGAAGAAGCCUGAGACUGAGGCUCAUUUUACCAAGUUCAACUCAGGGGUUCAAGACUAACUAGGAUCUCUCUUCCUACCUGAUAUCUUCUGGGAGGUUAACUUUUUACAAGGCAGAACAAACUGAUGCUAUCUCGUAGUUUUUGACCUUUUCUACAUCCAUCUUUCAAUGGACUUUAUUUUCCUUGUAAUUUAGGAAAGCUGCAGUCAUCUCAUUCUACCAGAGCUCCAACAGUAAAAACAAUGUCUUAUAAAUCUAAACUUCCUGCGUCCUGGAACGACAAACCUCCUGCUCGGAAAGUGGAAAUUGACCUGAGCUCACCUGGUUUAGCUGUGUUUGAGUUGGAACGCCUCUUGUUUACUGGCAAAGCCAUCAUCAGCCAUGCAGACGAAGUGUGGCCGAGGCUUUACAUUGGUGAUCAGGAUAGUGCAGAGAACAGGAAUGAUCUAGCCUUGAAUCGAGUCACUCACAUCCUGAAUGCUGCUCACAGUAACCGCAGAGGACAACCGGAGAUGUAUAAGGCAAUGGAUAUCACCUACAUGGGCAUCGAGGCCCAUGACUCCUGCAACUUUGACAUGAGUGUCAACUUCCAGGCAGCAGCAGACUUCAUCCACAGGGCUCUGAGCCGAGGAGUGUUGGUGCAUUGUCAUGUAGGAGUGAGUCGCUCUGCCACCCUGGUCCUGGCUUACCUGAUGCUGAAGCAGAACCUGACCCUGGUGGAGGCUAUUUGUGCGGUGAAAGAUAACCGGGGUGUGAUUCCUAAUCGAGGCUUCCUGCGACAGCUCAUCGAGCUGGAUGGCCAGCUCUUCGGCCGGCACUGAACCUUGAUAGCGUUGCUGAUAGGCUUUCCUGGGUCCAGAGCAUAUGGAAACUAAGCUAAAGAAACUCGAUUAUGCUCUAUAAAGAUAACAUUCUUUCAUGUGCACAACAAUGGCUGGUUUAGAUGUGUUUUAAUUUCUCUGUGCAGUAGAGGGAUGGUCUCAGGGAGCUGUAGAAAAUCAAAUGUUCAAAAGGACAAUUACUACAGGGAUCCCUAUAGUGAGACUGCAAAUCUGUGAUCAGCACCUACAAAAUUCAAAGAAGAACAGUGGUGCUCUAAAACAACAAGGCUGUCUAAAUGAAUCUUAAAGUGUACAACUGAACCACAAUUAAGCCAGUUAUUACCACAUUCAACAAAUGAAGAGUUACUGCCAUGAUAUUGUCCGCUCUGAGGCUGCUUUCAGCUCCAGCCUACCAUGACGCAGAAGAGACCAGCUGAGGAUGAAAUUAUUAGCCCUCCAAUGAAAAUUUCUUAAAAAAAAAAAAUUCCCAAGUGCUGUUAAACAGAGCAAGGAAUUUUUAACACUGCAUUUUUCAAAAUCCUAGUUUAUUUUACUUUGCAUUUAGAAACAAAAAUAUUUAGCAACAAAACCAAAAACUACCAGGGUCAAAAUGAUGAUCCCUUUUAGAGCUGAUCUUGUUUUUUGCUUAGCCAUAGCACAAACCAUUGUUGUAAAAAGAUUUAACUGUCAUGCUCAAAACUGUAAAAUCAAGUCAAAACUGAAGGUUAUCUUCCAAUUGUCACAUAGUAUAAAACUUCAGUGAGGGGUUGAGCUGUCACUGGAGUAAGCAUCGUGAAGACACUCAUUAGAGACUUACACAGGAAUGGACUGAGAGGUUGCAGGCCAAGAAGAACUACCCCCAGAAGACCAAAGUCAUUGACUGGCCUGCACAAAGCCCUGACUUGAAUCCCAUUGAAAAUAUAUGUGGUGAACAGAAGACCGUCAAACCUGGAGGAGCUUGAGAGAUUCACCAAAGAAGAAUGGGCUGGGAUUCCUCAGGAGACGUGUCUGAAACUUGCUGAAAACUACAACACUAACUGCAGGCUGUUAUCCAGCAAAAAGGAGAUACAACUGACUAUCGGCAUCAGAGGGACUGAUCAUUUUGACCCUGGUAGUUUUUGUUUUUUGUGAAAUAAUUUUGUUUCUGUGUGCAAAUUAAAAGAAUGUCAGUAUUAAAUAAAACUAUGAUGUCUGGGAAAGCUGUGUUCAAAAUUCUUUGCUAUGUUUAACAGCACGUGGGAAACACUUUUUAAUAAAUGCCCUUUUCAUAGGGGGGCUAAAAUUUCAUCCUCAUCUGUGGAUAAGGUAUGGAUGGACUAAGGCUGCAUAGGCCUUUUUCUUUUUAGUGCCACAGAUAUUGUUUAGAAGACACUUUCAUCGUAUCCUUUUGUGGAUCAUUUUAAAAUGGAUGUGAACCCUAAAGUAUAAAUGGUUAAUUUUGUCAAUUGUGCCUGUUGAAACUAGUGGACUGUUUACAUUAAAUCAGAUGCAGCUUUUAGUGAAUCAGUUCAUUUGUAAAUGUUUGCCUCAGAUUAUUUUCCCACUGUCAGCAAACAUAUCUUAUCUCAUACAUUUCAAAUUGCAAACUCCUUUUCCUAAAACAAAAUUAACUUUUAUUUGUAAUGUCAACAAUGUAGAUGGGCACACUGAUUAAACUAUUUGGAAAGUAAUGCCAGACCUAAAAUCUAAGCUGUAAUGUGAACAAACAUCAGGGUGCCAGAGAGUAAAGUAGAAGGAACUGAAACAGCAUUAUGGGGAAAAUAAUAAUUGCAAAAUAAAGGUGAAAAUGAGUAAAAUAUGUUAGAAGUGGCAAAAUUGGCAGAAAUAAGAGGUGAAAUGUGGUUAAAUAGUGUCAAAAAUGGGUUCAAAUGGGCAAAAAUAAUUUUCAAGAGGCAAAGGUGGAAUAAAAGCAGCAAAUGUGGUUUACAAAAGGGGCAAAUAAAGGCAUAAAAUGUUGAAAAGCGGUAAAAAAGCAGAUUAAUUGAUGAAACAUAUUUAGCAGAAACAGUGAUGAAAGGGAGUAAAAAGGUGUCACUAAAUAACAAAUCUUACCUCUGUAAAAUUAUGUGAAAUCAGAACAUCCCCUGAACAUCCAGUUUAUUUCAGAACAACUUGCAACAGCUUUUGGUCUUAAAUUUCAGCAGUCUGCCAUAAAAAGAGAAAGGUCUCUGUGUAUCAGACAAAUGAGCUUGUUUGAAUAC